CACAGUCUGGCGGCGUGUCUGCGGGACGUGAUGUUCAGCGGCGUCCAGAUGAAGCUGAGCGCUGCGCUGUCGUCUCACGCCGCGGGCUCCUGCUUCAGACGCGCUCAGAGCGGCAGCUUCUUCAGCGGCAGCGGAUACGCCGCUUUCAUGAAAGAGGGCUAUAACGUGGGCUCGGACGUCUCCGUGAGUCUGGACUUCCGCUCCACGGCGCCGGAUGGGGUUCUGUUGGGAAUCAGCAGCACUAAGGUGGACGCCAUCGGCCUGGAGCUCGUCAGCGGACAGGUGGUGUUUAACGUGAAUAACGGCGCGGGCCGGAUCACUGCGCGCAGCAGGAGCGCUGUGUCCAUGUGUGACGGCCGCUGGCGCACCCUGGUGGCCAAGAAGCAGAAGCACAGCUUGAGUCUGACCGUAGACGGUGUGACGGUGACCGCGGAGAACCCGUACUCAUCCUCCACCUCGGCCGAGACCAAAAACCCCAUCUAUGUGGGCGGAUACCCAGCGGACGUGAAGCAGAACUGUCUGAGCUCCACAGAGCCGUUCCGCGGCUGCAUGAGGAACCUGCGCGUGUUUAAGGGCCACGUCACCGAUGAGCUGGACUUCAGCGCCGCCUUCGCUCACCCACACGUCUUCCCUCACUCCUGCCCGGAUAACGCUGCCUAAACGCCUCCGGUUCAUGCAAACACAGCUCAGUUCAUUUGUACUGAGGAUGGUUUUAAUAGUCCUGCAGAUGGUUUGUGAAUUUUGACUCAUAACCGGUUUAGAUUUGAUACUUGUUCAGGGUUUCUGCGGGUCUUAAUUCACCCUUUCACAGAUGAAGGCCUUAAAAAGGUGUUAAAUCAGAGCAGAGAGUCUUAAAUUCAUUAAGUCGUGGCAUUAAGUGUUGCAUGCACUGGA